AUGGCUUCGAAUGAUUCCAUUACUUCCGAUGACAAGUAUGAGUCAAAACGUGAUGGUACGUCGGUGAACAUCAGUGUGAUGAGUGCUGGAGCAGUCACAGUUCACUCUGAAGAGAACCCACCAGUCACCAAGAAACAGUGGCUUCUGGUACUCAGUUCCUUUUUCGUGUUUAUGAAUACAUGGGGCCUCCUGCUUACAUUCGGUACCUUUCAAACCUACUACCAGCAAGAGUUAUUACCGCACAAGUCAGCAUCCGACAUAUCCUGGAUCUCAACCAUCUGCGCUUUCAUAUUACUGUUCAGCGGCGUGGUGACGGGAACUCUAUUUGAUUAUGGAUACCUUCGGCCACUGCUGUUUAUAGGGAGUCUGCUGGAGGUGUUUGGUCUCAUGAUGGUCAGCAUUUCGACAAAAUACUAUCACCUCGUUCUGGCUCAGGGGAUGUGCGUCGGGCUAGGAGCGGGUAUGCUCUAUAUCCCGAGCGUUGCGGCGACAGCAGCGGCUCUUCAGCCGUUUCGACGGGCUAAAUUCAUGGGCUUGAUUUCCACUGGCUCUGGAAUUGGGGGCGUGAUAUACCCAAUCAUGUUUCAACGACUGCUUUCCUCACUCGGGUUUGCUUGGGCCAUACGCAUCAUCGCUUUUCUGAUAUUCAGCACUUUUCUGAUGUCUUACCCGAUCCUCAUCUACAAACCACGAAAGAGCCCACUCGUUCGACCAUUUAUCGAUGCCGAUGCCUUCAGUGAUACACCAUUUUUGCUCAUCAUUUUGGGUGGAUUUCUAUGUGCCAUCGCCUAUUUUGUGCCGAUGUUUUACAUUCCUCUGUAUGCCGAAACUGAGAUUUCCGGAUUUCGUGGGCACCAUGUCGAACUGACAUUUUACCUGGUCUCAAUUGUGAACGGAGCAUCCGUAAUUGGCCGUCUGAUUGCAGGGGUCUUGGGUACUUUGACCGGUCCAACAGAAACAACGGCUUUGGCUGUGGGUGCGAGUUCUAUUGUAAUCUUCUUAUGGAUUUUGGUCAAGUCGGUAGGUGGAAUGAUUGUCUGGGCAACGGUUUGGGGUAUAGUGUCUAGUGUCAUUGUAACAUUGCCAGGCGCAAUGGUGCCUCUCUUCUCUCCCUCCAUAGAAGUUAUUGGGACACGAGUGGGCAUGUUUUGGGCUGGAGUGGGAGUUGGAGUCCUCAUCGGAAGUCCCAUUGCUGGGGCUAUGGUUGACCUGCAGCCUGGGGAUAUACAGUGGUGGCGAUUACAGGUAUUUUCAGGUGUACUCAUGGCUGCUGGGGCGUUGUGUUUUGUUUAUCCUGUCCUUUAUGUGCGGAAAAAGACGCAGAAUUUCAUCUGA